GCGGAGCUCCAGCCUCGUCCGUGUCGCCGCCCCUCUCAGACAUGCCUGUUGUAGUCUCGCAUUUUUACACUCGUCUCUGUUUAUAUUUUUUUGGAAAAACGGAGCGUUUUGCGCGAAGUAAGACUCGACCUGAACAGGGGACAAACUCGGACUCGUUCCCUUCGCCACUUUUACCCGCUGGACUCUCUUGAAGGUCUGGAGAGAUGUCAUCGGUGUGGCAGCAGGAGCCGUCAGGUUACUCCCCCUGCGUAGAGAUCGACUCCAGCUCCGUGAGGACCAAAGACCGACUCAGCUCUCCGGCCUGGUUGAAGCAGGAACAAGACGAUCUGCGAAUCAUCAAGUGGGAGAAUUUUCAGUCGGGAGCUUCGGCAGAUGCAGUUCAGGACAACACGCCCAGCAGCGCCAUGUCAGCUGCCUCCCAGGUGGAGACUCCCCCGAGGGUGCUGCUGACCAUCACCAAGCUGCAGUGCAUGCUGGAGAGCAAACAGGAGCGAAUCGCCGCCCUGGAGCGGCAGGUGGAGGAUCUGAUGCAGGACCGCAAGUUCCUGAGGAGCCAGAUUGAAAACCUGACAAGCAAUCGCUCCAUGCCGGCGUUUGCUUCACCCAGUCCAGUGACUGAAGCUCCUAAACCGAGCAAGGUGCAGCACUCAGAAACCAAAUCUCGAAAGAGAGAGAGAGCGUCUUCUACGUCCUCCGACAGCAGCGACAGCGGUUCAGAGGCGUCCGACUCAUCAGAAAUGUCGGCGGCUUCAAGCGAACACAGACGGAAGAAACAUCACAAGGACAAGAAAAGAUCAAAGAAAGGGAAAGACUACAGCAGGAAGAGAGCUACCGGCGUCCAGUACGUCAUCCACCGCUACAAACAAGUCCUGUCCGCCUUCAUCAAGAAGAAAAGCAUGAGCGAAGCCUUCCGCCAUCUUGGAAUCGACCGGAACACCAUCGCCAACACGGCCUCGAUCGCCGAGCUCCACCUGGCCGGCAAAGACAUGGUCCCCCUGGUGGGCAUGUUUCGCCAAGGAGAAGAGACUCUGGUCAGCUACGCCCAAAGGUGCACCCUGGUCAUCGACAGCGACGCCGACCUCUCCAGGAGAAUAGACCAGAUGAAAGCCAACGGCGAGCUGCUGCCCAUCUCAGGGAAAAGGCCGAGGGUGCUGCAUUCUCACCUGCAGCAGCUGGGGGGCGCUGCAGAGAGCAUUUUAAUAGGUUGAUGCUAAUUUGUUUGCAUUGAGAAGAAGUGGAACACAAUGCCUUCACAGAAUGAUAUUCCUUUGGUUUUAUUUCCUGAUCUGAACUGCUGGAUUUAUGUAGCAUUUUCUUUAAUUCUGCUUUUGUCUCGAGGGGACCAGAAAUCUUUCAAUGCAUACAUUCAUAUGUUCUUAUAGCCAUAAAUAAUUUAUUGCAGCUGCUGGCAACAGUUUUUUAAAUUUAUUUAAUAUUACUUGUGUGUGUAGUAACAGAAACAUCCACAAGAUGGCAGCGCUCACAUGUUAGAUCAUGUUUACAAAUCACUUCUCUUGUCAUUUCCUUCAAAAUGGUGGAUGGCCACUUUCCAUUUUCCAGCACUUAAGUUUUGUGUUCAUAGAGUUUGUGGGGGGGAAAAAAGAAGAUUUUUAUCAUGUUGUGAUUCAUCUGCUGUAAGCUGAAGUGAGCGAUGUGCAAACUGCAUUUAACAAAGCAAGAAAUGAAAAUGCUCUUUGUUCAUACA